AUGUCUGAAACAUCUGGUACCAAGGGUCCGUCGAACAAUCUAGAUGAAAAUCCGAUAUUGGCUCCUGAGGCGGAUAUUUCUCACGUCGAACAAGGCAAGGCAAAGCAAUCACAACCUAGUGUUCGUGACAAUGUUCUGGCCUUUUGCAUUGUGUUUUGCCAAUUGGUUCAAGCCAUACCAUACGGCGCAGGACUCAUAGCAGCAAUCGACAUACCCAAAGCAAUCGGAGCUCCUCAGGACAAGGCCGUAUGGAUUGCAGCAUCGUACCCAUUGACUCAAGGGGCAUUUGUUUUGAUAGGAGGACGAAUCGGCGCUGUUCAUGGGCACAAGAACACCAUGCUUUUCGGUGCAUGCAUAUACGUCCUGUUCCAUCUAAUCACUGGAUUUAUGAGAACCGCCGAUACUGUCAUUGUUAUGCGUGCUCUCAGCGGCGUCGGCGGAGGAAUCAUGGUUCCCAACCUCGUUGCUAUGCUCACCAUCGCUUUUCCUCCGGGCCUCAUGCGUAAUGUGUGGGUUGGCAUGUUUGGCGCCAUGGGCCCGGUAGGUGCAGCUGGCGGAACCGUGUUCCCCGGCUUUUUCGGCCAGUUGACGGAGUGGUGGUGGCUAUUCUUCUUCUUGGCCAUAUUUGGUGCCGUCGUUUUCGGCGCAACCUCGUUCAUUCUACCUCCCGACGGUGUGCCCAUGGACGCAACCGGUACAAUUGAUUACGUUGGAGCCUACUUUGGAGUUGCCGGCCUUGUCUUGUUUAAUUUUGUAUGGACACAAGCUGCUGUCGUUGGCUGGGAAGAGCCCUAUGUUUAUGCUCUUCUUAUUGUAUCCAUCUUACACUUCGCGCUCUUUGUGCUAUGGGAGGGAAAAUUCGCAAAAGAACCCAUUCUUCCACUCGGAAUUUGGGGCUCUCCGUCGUUUGGACCGAUGGUAUUGUCCGCAUUCAUGUCAUUUAUGGGGGUCGGCAUCUUCCUCUAUUACGUCCAGAUUUGGAACAUUGAGAUCCGCCACUAUUCCAACCUGCUUACCGCCGCGGCCAACUCAGCUUUUGCCAUCGUUGGCACGUGUGGUUGCUUCGUCAGUGCUAUUGCCGUGCGCUAUCUACCUGCUCAGAUAGUCAUGGCCACUGGCGCAAUAGCUGCUGUGGUUGCUGGGAUCAUUUUCGCUACUAUGCCGGCACAGCAGACAUACUGGGCUCAAUGUUUUCCCGCAUUCAUUAUCAUGGGAUUUAGCCCUGACUUCAUCUUUACAGCGACGCAGAUUAUCACCAGUAAUAGCGUCCAGCGGAAACACCAAGGGAUUGCUGGGUCUUUAAUGGGGACCAUUCAGAUGUAUGGCCUCAGUACUGGACUGGGAUUUGCUGGGACAGUCGAGCGAUAUACAAAUGAUGGUGGUCGCGAUCAAGUGGGAGGCAUUCGCCAUGCACUAUAUCUUACAAUCGGCAUGGCAGGUGCCUCUGCAUUGAUAUCUUUACUUCUAAUUCGAAUUCCCAAAGAUCAACGUGAGGGCUGGGAUACAGAAGACGGAGGAGCAGCGGAGGCGUAA